UCCGCGAGUAAAUCCGAUUUCCCUUAAUAUUUUUUUAGCAAUUUCUUCCAUUUAAACCAUGUUUUAAUUGUAAUUUUUGUACAAAUCAACUAGAAAAAUUUUAUACUUUAGCCCAAAUAUAUUAGAAAAUGUUGUCGCUUCGUAGAACGCUGAAUCUACGAAAUUUAAAUUAUGCCACAGGGUCAUUUACUCGAAGGCGAUUCGCAUCCAGAGUCCAAAUCGGAGACAUUUGGAAGGAAAUUUCGGAAGAAACAGGUGCCAAAAGGGUCAACAUUCCACAAAAAUACUAUAAACUCGACAAAGAUGGAAAUCCAAUCUUCUCGACGAGCACAAAGCACCAUUUGCGAUGGAUGAUGCAAAAAGACAUCCUCAAACAAGACGUUUUCCUGCUUGGCAAACCGGGACCCCAACGACGACAACUGGCAAUGCAAUAUUUGCAACUCACAAAUCGCGAAGUUGAAUAUUUGGCUGUCACUCGAGACUCAACGGAGAGCGAUUUAAAGCAACGCCGUGAAAUAAUCAACGGCUCGUCGGUAUAUUUUGACCAAAGUGCCGUCAGAGCAGCAAAAGAAGGCCGAAUUUUAGUUUUGGAGGGCAUUGAGAAGGCAGAACGGAAUGUUUUGCCAGUGCUGAAUAAUUUGCUCGAAAAUCGUGAAAUGCAUCUCGAAGAUGGGAGAUUGUUGAUACCUGCAGAACGGUAUGACAAACUAUUGGAAAGUAACAGCAAAGAAGUUUUGGAUAAAUGGGGACUGAUUCGCGUGUCGGAAGAUUUUAGAGUUAUCUCGUUGGGAUUGCCGGUGCCAAAAUAUCGGGGAAAUCCGUUGGAUCCGCCUUUGAGGUCACGAUUUCAAGCGCGGGAUAUUUCAACGGAGUCGUAUCAGGAAUUGCUAGAAGAGUUAAAACAUGCAACGGAUGUUUCAACCAACAACGCAACGUUGGAAAAUUUUCUAAGUUUUGCUUUUGGUAUCAAUUCUGUGGAUCAAACUACUGCAUUUACGGAUUUUCCAACGGAAAGUUUGAAAUAUGUGGCUCGAAUUUAUGCGAAAAAUCCAUAUUUGCCAAUUUUUGAUGGAAUUUAUCGACUGUAUCCCUAUCGGAAUUUCGUGGAGAAGGAAAGUCGUCAAAAUAUUGAAAAUUUGUUAAAGUCAUUGGAUAUUAAGAUUCCUGAUAAGAGUGAUAGGAGGCAGGAAAUUUUGGAAGUUAGUGAGAAAGAUUGUCAAUUGGAAGGAGUUUCAAUGAAAAAAGUAAAAAUCAAAACAUUCGACAACGAAACUGUCGAAAUCGAAGUACCCUCUUCCUCCGUCACAAUCAACGACAAGCAACAUGUCUUCAUUCCGAACGCUUAUCACGAAAAUACUCUUGCCGACUUGGUACAAUCUUAUGCCGUGAGCGACUUUUGUCUCAUCGGACCUCGCGGAAGUGGAAAAUCUGCCUUAAUUUACGAAUUAUGUCGACGCUUGGGACAACAUUGUGAAGUUUUGAUGCUGUAUCAAGACAUGACAGCUCGCGACUUAGUUCAGCAACGCACAACCAAAGUGAAUGGCGACACAGUUUGGAGAGAUUCUGCCUUAGUGAAAGCUGCAUUAAAUGGACAUACGAUCGUCCUCGAUGGGAUUCAUAGACUUCAUAACAGUACAAUUGCCAUUUUGCAUCGAUUAAUUCACGAUCGUGAAAUUCAAUUGUAUUGCGGAAAAAGAUUAAUUGCUCAAGAAAAGUACGAUGAAUUGUUAAAAGAUGGAAUUUUAGCUGAAGAAAUGGAAGAACAUCGCGUUUAUCCGAUACAUCCAGCUUUUAGGAUUGUUGCUUUGGCUGAACCUCCAACGCAGGAACAAAAUUGGUUGACGCCAGAAAUGUUGAGUCUUUUCUUGUUUCAUGAAAUUCGGAAUUUGAGCAAAAAAGAAGAGGAGUUUAUAAUUACUGAAAUGUACGGACCAAUGGGCAACUCAUUAAAGCAAAUAAUCGACUUUGCCCAAUUCCUCCGUGAAUCGAGAGAUCCCGUGCUAAAAUCCCUCUCUGGCAGCUUAUCAACGCGUCAAUUGCUCAAAAUAGCGCAACGUUAUUCAAAAUACGACCCAGAAAAUGACGGAACUGUAAAUUCCGUUUACGAAACUCUAAAUCGCACAUUUUUAACGCAAUUUCUACCUUCCUUACCACGAAAAGCCUUCGAAAAUGCCUUGUCUCGCUUCAAUAUCGAACAAACAGGCAAAGAUAAUUUACCUUCUCGCACGAUCGAAGUCACCGACACUCACGUCAAGAUCGGAAAAACUGAGAUUUUGUUGAGCCAGAGUGACGCAUCGAAAGCUGCAAAGAUUCCAAACAUUUUAUUUUACGACAUUCCCGAACACGUGGCACUUUUGGAGCACAUUUUGCAAGAUUUCCUACUCGGAAGUCAUUUGUUGCUCGUUGGAAAUCAAGGUGUCGGCAAAAAUAAGUUGGCAGAUCGAUUUUUGCAGUUAUUGAAACGUCCUCGGGAGUAUAUCCAAUUGCAUCGCGACACAACAGUGCAAACGUUGACGCUCCAGCCGAGUGUGAGAGAUGGCGUUAUUGUGCACGAAGACUCUCCGCUAGUAAAAGCCGUCAAGGAAGGGCAUGUUUUGAUGAUUGACGAAGCGGAUAAAAGUCCAACGCAUGUCACGUGCAUCCUAAAAACGCUCGUCGAGAACGGGGAAAUGUAUUUGUCGGAUGGCAGGAAGAUUGUGCCUCAUGGAGCGAAAAAAGCUGAUGAUGACGAGGACCAAAUUAUUGAAACUCAUCCUGACUUCCGGAUGAUUGUUCUCGCGAAUCGACCGGGAUUUCCAUUUUUGGGAAAUGAUUUCUUUGGCGCGCUUGGGGAUUGUUUCUCGGCAUUUGCUGUUGACAAUCCCUCAAUUAGCUCUGAGGUGAAAAUGUUGCGACAAUAUGGACCGGAUGUGCCGUUGGAGACCAUUCAGAAGCUCGUUGAGGCAUUUUCGGAACUUCGAACGAUGGCGGACCAAUCGCAACUGGCAUAUCCGUAUUCGACGCGCGAAGUUGUCAAUAUCGUGAAACAUUUGCAGCAAUUUCGGGACGAAGAUGUCGCCGAGUUGAUUGGAAAUGUCCUGGAUUUCGAUCGUCAUUCGCCCGAAUCUUUCGAACAAGUUACGAAUAUUUUGCUGAAACAUGGCUUACAAAUUGGGGCAUAUGCGGAACAGGAACUUGCCGCCAUUCGACGAAAACGAGAAAUGCAAGUUACCGUUUCGCGUGUGAGUGGUUUGGAUACGUCGGCGCCGAAACAUGGAAAAGUUGAUCCCAAUAACGAUCCGCAUGUCGGGGGAAAUACAUGGGCUGGAGGCACCGGAGGACGAGAUACUGCCGGAUUGGGUGGCAAAGGAGGUCCCUAUCGCUUGGAUGCCGGACAUAAAGUGCAUCAAUUGUCAGAUGCGGAAAAAGAUGACAUUCCCGAACACGUGAAGAGAGCCGCACGCGAGAUGAAUCGCAAGGCGUUUGAAGCAAAAUUGAAGGAAAUUCAAAUGAGCAAGUACGAUCACAAGAUUUACGAGCAAUUUAGUGUUCCCGUGCGUCAACAAGUCCAAAUCCUGCGAAUUAUUCUCAACUCCCUGCAAGCCAAGAGUAAAGAGCGUCAAUGGUUGCGACAUCAAACUUCCGGCGAAUUGGACGACAUCAAGCUCAUCGAAGGUUUAACAGGCGAAAAAAACAUUUACAAGCGUCGUAUGGAACAAGACCCCGAACCAGGUCAACCGCAAGAGAAACCAAAGCGAUUAAAGCUCGUUGUUGACGUCAGUGGAUCCAUGUAUCGCUUUAACGGUUACGAUGGGCGGCUGGAUCGCGAAUUGGAAGCUGUUGUGAUGGUCAUGGAGGCGUUCGAUGGAUUCGAGAAAAAAAUUAAAUAUGAUGUCGUGGGUCAUAGCGGCGAAUCGUAUUGCGUUCCCUUUGUCGAUUUGAAAAAUCCGCCAGAUAACGAUAAACUUCGACUGGAGACGAUCCGGAUGAUGCAUGCACACAGUCAAUAUUGUUGGUCCGGCGAUAAUACAAUAAAUGCGACGAAACAUGCGAUUAAGGAGCUGGCAAAGGAGGAUUGUGACGAAGCGCUUGUUGUGGUUUUGAGCGAUGCGAAUUUGGCACGUUACGGGAUUUCGCCAAAACGAUUCGGGGAAGCUCUGAUGACAAAUCCAAAAGUGCAGGCGUAUGUUGUUUUUAUCGGGAGUCUGGAUAAAGAAGCUGAAAUAAUCAAACGUGAAAUGCCCGCAGGAAGAAGCUUCAUUUGCAUGGACACCAAAGACCUUCCGCAGAUCAUGAAGACAAUAUUUGAGUCAUCAGUGCUGAAAUAAUUUUAAAAAUUUAUUUAUUUUGAAUAAAAAGGUGCAAAUUUUUUUAAGGG